AUGACUGACGACAGUGUUCUUAAUACUAAAUGCCGUUUGUUAGAAUUGUUUUCAGAAUUAGACGUUGGUGAACUGGAUACAAUUGAGCAAUGGAUCAGCAGCCUUUCAUAUAAAAAAGAUUUGGAGAGGAAAAAGUCACUUCUACGCUCUGAGAAAAUAUUAAUACAAAUAGGAAAUACAAUAAAAAAAAUCGUUCCUCUGGAGGCGGAAAUGCCGUCGGAAACUAUUUCACCACCAACAGUUAGCGAUCAAGCUGAUUGCAACAAAACAAAUACCUGUCAUGUAGAUGAAUUUCUUUAUGAUGAAGAUGAAGUUGAAAAUUUGGUUAAAAGUGGGAAAUUAAAAAGGCGUUACUGUUUAGAUUGUAGUUCUCGCAAUGUGCAGGAUUUGACAUAUAUUUCACACUCAAUGUCAAGAGAACAGCUUCAAUAUAUUUUCAAGGUGCUUCUUCCGAGUGAUUUAGAAGAGAAACAAAUAAUGGAUGUUGGGUCUAGGCUUGGGGCGGUACUUUAUGGAGCAUAUCAUUUUUCAAAUGCUGGCACAAUUGUUGGAAUAGAAAUGAAUAAAGAUUGGUGUGAUGUUCAACAAAGUAUAAUUGAACAAUAUACAAUGGAUUCCAACCGAAUUAAGGUUGUCCAUUCUGAUGUAUUGGAUAGAAGUGAUGUUGUAGCAAACUCAGAUAUCAUAAUCAUAAAUGUACUAGACUUUUUUGUGGAUAGUGAGAAACAAAAAGAAAUAUGGCACUUUUUCAAGAAACAUAUAAGAAAAGGAACAUAUUUAGUUAGUAAUCGAAGUAUGUCAGACACUUUAGAUUAUCUAGACAUGGCUGAGGAACUAAUGGAUUGGUAUAGAAUUUGUAAACCAAAUCAAAUAGAAAAUGAAGUAUUGUUUGAUGUGGAAAAUUGUAGUGAAUUAUUUUUGUAUACAGUCGAUUAA